UGUCCUGGAUAGACCCUACUGCUACAAAAAUGAGUUGGCCAUGCUGUUUAAGGUGGAGGAAGAGGAGGAGUAUGAGAGGGUGAGGGAGGCCGAGAGAGAGAUGGAGAGGCAGAGGGCGAAGAGUAAGCAGAGGAGGCAGAGGGAGAAGAACAAGCAGCAGAUUGUGGUGAAGGAGGAGCGCGUUGCUGAUGAGCAGCAAACAAAAUCUCAAACGGAGCAACUCAAAGAGUGGAUGGAUGAUGAGCUGGAAUUUUUCGCAGGCCACCGUAGCAUCUGGGAACGCUCUAGUGGCAGCAAGGCCGGGCGGUUCGGUGGCUUCGAAGAUAAAACGACAUUAAGUCCUCUCCAAUUUACGCACUGCACACCCGGUAUCCUUCUGCCCCGUGCCGCUGUCACUGAAAGAACGUUGCAAAUCUACUCAUUCAAACUUGUUGGACUAACGGAGCAGCUGAAGUGGCCACUCUCUGUUUAUGGCGUGGUUGCUGCCCGAGACACCGUAGACUGCAACCGCAACCUUCUCUUCUCUCGGUCGAGGAUCAGGGGUCAAUUACUCUCUGGACAUGACUCUUAUCUGCGCUUGACUGGCCCGUCUCGAGCAAUUCUAGUUGGGGAUUAUGUUGACUUUGAAGUUGAACUAAAAGUACGUGAUGGAGAUGAUGAGCACAAUGAUACACAGUUGAUGUGUGUUAGCAAGCGGUAUAAAGAAGCAGACGGCGACGGUGAGCAACCUUUACUCUU